AGCAUCUAAAAACAUUUGCCUUGUAAUCAAAGACUCAUGAUAUCCAGCUCUGAAGAUGAACAUUAAAAUCAAUGAACAGAACAGAGCAUUCCCCACCCUUUGAACCUUCUAUUCCAAUUCAAGCAUAAAACUGCAAAUUGGGAGGUUACCCCAGUCUGCAAGACAAAGCAAGGACUAAUAAAAUCCCCUAUAGUGAACCAUUUCUUCUAAAAAACAAUUGAAAAGUAGAAGAAAUCAGGAACAACAACAAAAAAUAAAAGGUUUUAUUGGGAUUAGAAGGUAAGAGAUCUGUCCUGUCUGGAUUAAACCCCGACAAAACCGAAGUGGGUCAGACUGUUAACGGCUUUUUUAUUAGCCUGAAGAGUGAAGAGGUUUGAUUGGUUGGUUGAGUUAGUUAGGUCCCGCGCUUUUCUUAGACUCCACUUUCAAAGCUCUCUCCCAAACAAAGGGUGCGCCUGCGAUUUAUAAAUGAGGCGGCUUUCCAUUUGCUGCUUCACAACUCGAAAGCACAAGCAUUCUCCUCAGAGAUUCGGAGAAACAAUGGAGAACCCACAGAUGAAGUCUGACAACGCCAACGCUGAGAACUUGAACCAAAACAUGAUCAGUCCAAUUGGUAAUCCUGCUGCUAAUAUCGUAGUAAAUCAUGACUUCUCCAAUGGGCUACACUCUUGGCAUCCCAAUUGCUGCAAUGGCUUUGUAGUAUCUGCUGAGUCUGGCAACCCAGGUGGAUUGUCAGCAAAGUCAGGUGGUAAUUAUGCAGUUGUUACAAAUCGCACGGAAUGCUGGCAGGGCCUGGAGCAAGAUAUCACGGGUAGAAUUUCACCAGGUUCCACAUACUCAGUUUCUGCUUGUGUUGGAGUGUCAGGGCCUCUUUCAGGGUCUACUGAUGUCUUGGCAACUUUGAAGCUGGAAAACCAGGGCUCAGCAACUAGCUAUCUCUUCAUUGGAAAAACCUCUGUGUCAAAGGAGAGGUGGGGAAUGGUGGAAGGUACAUUCUCAUUAUCAACCAUGCCUGAACGGCUUGUAUUUUAUUUGGAAGGGCCUCCUUCUGGUGUUGAGCUGCUUAUAGAUUCAGUGGUCAUCACCUGCUCCAGUUCAAGCAAGUCUGAGAGUUCAAGCAUAAGGUGGGACAUUGCUGGAGAUGAGAAUGUUGUCAUAAACCCUCAAUUCGAAGAUGGCCUCAACAACUGGUCUGGAAGAGGCUGCAAGGUUGUUUUACAUGAUUCUAUGGCAGAUGGGAAGAUAGUCCCGCAAUUGGGAAAAGUUUUUGCAUCUGCGACAGAGCGCACACAGAGUUGGAAUGGGAUCCAGCAAGAGAUUACCAGAAGAGUGCAGCGAAAGCUUGCUUAUAAUGUAGCAGCUGUGGUACGGAUAUUUGGUAACAAUGUGAUGACUGCUACUGUACAGGCCACAUUAUGGGUCCAAACACCAGAUCGCCGAGAACAGUACAUUGUAAUUGCCAAUGUGCAGGCAACCGACAAGGAUUGGGUGCAAUUGCAGGGAAAGUUCCUUCUAAAUGGUUCCCCAUCAAGAGUAGUCAUCUAUUUAGAAGGUCCACCACCAGGUACCGACAUCCUUGUCAAUGCCUUAGCUGUAAAGCAUGCUGAGAAAGUCCCUCCUUCAUCUCCUCCAGUUAUUGAGGAUCCUAAUUUUGGAGUUAAUAUAAUUACAAACAGCCAACUAAAUGACGGCACCAAUGGAUGGUUUCCUCUUGGUAACUGCAAUUUGAGUGUUGGAACAGGCUCACCACAUAUACUCCCUCCAAUGGCAAGAGCUUCCCUUGGUGCCCAUGAACCUUUAAGUGGCCUGUAUAUCCUUGUGAAAAAUCGCACACAGACUUGGAUGGGCCCAGCUCAGAUGAUAACUGAUAAGCUGAAACUUUUCUUGACAUAUCAAGUAUCUGCUUGGGUUCGAAUUGGUUCUGGAGCAAGUGGUCCUCAAAAUGUGAAUGUUGCACUUGGCGUGGACAGCCAGUGGGUAAAUGGUGGACAAGUUGAGAUUAAUGAUGAUAGAUGGCAUGAAAUUGGUGGUUCCUUUAGGAUUGAGAAGCAACCAUCCAAGGUUAUGGUUUAUAUCCAGGGUCCAGCUGCAGGUGUUGAUUUAAUGGUAGCUGGACUUCAGAUUUUCCCUGUUGAUCGGGCGGCCAGGUUAAAAUAUUUGAGGAGACAAACUGAUAAGAUCCGAAAGCGUGAUGUCAUCCUCAAAUUCUCAGGAGCAGGUUCAAGCAGUUUGUUGGGCACCUUUGUGAAAGUCAUACAGGCACAAAAUAGUUUUCCCAUAGGGUCUUGCAUUAACAGAACAAAUAUAGACAAUGAAGAUUUUGUUGAUUUCUUCGUGAAAAAUUUUAACUGGGCAGUGUUUGGAAAUGAAUUGAAGUGGUAUUGGACAGAACCACAGCAAGGAAAUUUCAACUACAAAGAUGCUGAUGAUAUGUUGGCUUUGUGUCAAAACCAUAAAAUAGAAACCCGAGGUCAUUGUAUUUUCUGGGAAGUACAGGCCACUGUCCAGCAAUGGAUUCAAGCACUGAACAAAAACGACUUGAUGACAGCUGUUCAAAAUCGUCUAACAGGCCUUCUCACCCGUUACAAGGGAAAGUUCAGGCACUAUGAUGUGAACAAUGAGAUGAUGCAUGGGUCAUUUUAUCAAGAUCGAUUGGGCAAAGAUAUCCGAGCAAACAUGUUUAAGAAUGCAAAUCAGCUAGAUCCAUCUGCGACUUUAUUUGUGAAUGAUUAUCAUGUUGAAGAUGGAUGUGACACCAGAUCAUCUCCCGAAAAUUAUAUUGAACACAUUCUUGAUUUGCAGGAGCAAGGUGCACCUGUGGGAGGAAUUGGAAUUCAAGGACAUAUCGAUAGUCCUGUGGGACCAGUUGUGUGUUCUGCUCUAGAUAAAUUAGGUAUCCUUGGCCUUCCUAUCUGGUUUACUGAGCUUGAUGUGUCUUCUGUCAAUGAAUACAUUAGAGGGGAGGAUUUGGAAGUCAUGCUUAGGGAAGCUUUUGCCCAUCCUGCUGUGGAGGGUGUAAUGCUGUGGGGAUUCUGGGAAUUGUUCAUGAGCCGGAACGAUGCACAUUUGGUCAAUGCAGAAGGUGAAAUCAAUGAAACUGGUAAACGAUUUCUUGCUCUUAAACAUGAGUGGUUGUCUCAUGCUCAUGGACAUAUAGAUGAACAAGGACAGUUUGAAUUCAGAGGCUUCCAUGGGACAUACGUUGUGGAAGUCGUGACUGCCUCCAAGAAGAGUUCAAAAACUUUUGUUGUUGACAAGGGUGACUCCCCACUGAUCGUGUCCAUAGCUUUGUGAAUUCUCCGUGGCUGCUUUGAACCUAAUAAAAGGAGGUAAUAUGAAUGUCUCUCUCCAUGCAUCAUCAAUUAUUUCUGUAAAACGAAAGAAUAUACAUCAUACAGAGCUUGUGAUUGUGAUUAUCAAUUAUAUGGUUUGUUUGCAGAAGAAAAUUUGAGUUGUUAUCCAUUGUAAAAUACAAUUAAAGAAAUAAAAGUAUGAUCUUUUUCUU